UGCUGAGCUUUACAGCAGAAGCUGGGAUGUCUUAUGUUGCCAAAAAGUGUGGCAUCCGGUUACAGCCUCCAUCUAUCGUUUUGAUCUAUGAAGAUCAGCUUAAGAAAAAUCUGCGCCAGCGCAUCAUGCCUCUCAGGAAUUUUACCAAAUUCUCAGAUUGCAGCAAAGCGGCAGAGCAGCUAAAGAAUAAUCCUCGGCACAAAACGUAUUUAGAAGGGGUAUCCUUGGAGCAGCUAAAAAAGUUGCACAAUUUGUUGAGAUGCCACCUGCAAGGACAAACUCUGAGCCAGAGUUUGAAACAAGUUGAGCAGAAUGAAACAGUGGAUCCAGAAGAGGACCUAAAUAAACUGAACGAUGAAGAGCUAGCCCAAAAGAAAAGAAUUAUGGAUGAAUUGUUUGAAAAGAACAGAAAACGAAAAGAGGACCCAGAUUUUAUCUACAAUGUAGAGGUGGAAUUUCCACAAGAGAAGGAGCUUGAAGCUUGUGAGUGGGAUACAGAAACAGAGGAUGAAUUUUAACACCAAACUAAGCUUAUGGAGAUUUUCAGGGACUGUUUAUUAAUUAUAUAUACUUUCUGUUUUAGUAACAAUAUUUGACUAAAGUUAUCAAUGAACGGUAGCAUUGUAUAAUGUCAAAAUGAUUGACAUGUUUUCUUUGCUUGUCAUUUAAAAAUAUUCUGAAAUAUUUAUAUUAAAAUUAUAUGCAAAAAUGUGUGUAUAGACCAUGAAUGUGUUGAGUAGAAAAAUUGUAUUGGUUCUUGUAUUGGUAUGGGAAAUAUCCAUUAAGUAAGUAUUGACUUAAAUAAAUUUUAUCUUGACAGAGUUGCCAGAACAGCAGCUGCCAUUUUGUCCAUUGCACAAGCACAAAAUGGUACCUACUAUAUUUGUGCAUUGGCAUAGUGCAUGAUACAACACAAUAUUUCUGAAAUGGAACCUUGUUUAACCAAGAAACUAAGCAAAAUUGCUGAAAAUAAAAGGUGCUGCGUCACUAGAGAACCAACUACAUGAAAGCAUAUCUGCAAGCAUUCAUAUUCAAAAUAGAUAUGUUUGCAGAAGGCGUAUGAAUUGCAUCAAUGGGAUAGAACUUAUUUGACAAGACCUAUUGUGAGAACUCCAGAUAUAAAAAAGCUUCCUCAACCAGAAAUUUUCUAAAUAAAGGAAAUGUCUAAAGUAAAUAUUCAAAAGAACUAAAAUCAGUGUUUAAAAAUAGUUCAUUCUUAAACCCAAUUCUUCCACCUCCUGCAUAAACUUUUGCUUUUCAGAUGUUGAAAUUUCAUUUCUGACAUUAAUAUUCAGUAGGUUUGGGGCAGAUUCCAAUUCCUCAUCCACACCUUAAGUGAACCCAUUUGAGAACACAUAGGAUUCUUGAAUUAGAAUUUUCACUUACAAAAAGGAGAUCUCAUUAAAGCAUUAUUGGACUCCAAUAGCAACUCUCUGAAGGAUCGUUUUGGUAUUUUAGAAGCAGAUCCAUUACUAAAAUUAUAUUCAUGUCAUCUGGAAGGAAAAAACAUUUUUAGUUGUUUGUCCUAGCAGUUCCAUAUGUUGGCAGAAAUGAAGUGAGCACAUCCACCAACUUCCUUCUGUCAU